ACAGCCUACGGUAGAUGUUCACUUGUGUGUCGCGAACGAAGAUAGGUAUUUUAGUUCUUGGUAAUCUACUGCCACUGCAUUACCAGUGGGAUCCAUUGUCAGCCAUGAACAGCAUUGCAAAUCUGCAACAGCUGUGUCGUCAGCCAGCCUGUAUGGUGAUGGCGACAAGACACAUGGCUUCUCUUAAGAUGUUUAGCAACAAGUCUCUGACUGAUGAAGACAGGAUCUUCACGAACCUGUAUGGCAAGCAUGACUGGAAGCUAAAGGGAGCCCUGAGCCGUGGAGACUGGUACAAAACAAAGGAGAUCAUACUGAAGGGCAAGGACUGGAUUCUGAAGGAAGUGUCGCAGUCGGGUCUCCGCGGCCGCGGGGGCGCCGGCUUCCCCACCGGCAUGAAGUGGGGCUUCAUGAACAAGCCGGACACGCGGCCCAAGUACCUCGUCGUCAACGCCGACGAGGGCGAGCCGGGCACGUGCAAAGACCGCGACAUCAUGCGGCACGACCCGCACAAGCUCAUCGAGGGCUGCCUCGUCGCCGGCCACUCGAUGGGCGCGCGCGCCGCCUACAUCUACAUCCGCGGCGAGUUCUACAACGAGGCCGUCAGCCUGCAGGUGGCCAUCGACGAGGCGUACAAGGCUGGCCUCGUCGGCAAGAACGCGUGCGGCUCCGGCUACGACUUUGAAGUCUACAUCCACCGCGGCGCCGGCGCGUACAUCUGUGGCGAGGAGACGGCGCUCAUCGAGUCGAUCGAGGGCAAGCAGGGCAAGCCGCGACUGAAGCCGCCGUUCCCAGCCGACGUCGGCGUCUUUGGCUGCCCGACGACGGUCGCCAACGUGGAGACGGUCGCCGUGGCGCCGACGAUCUGCCGCCGCGGCGCCGCGUGGUUCGCGUCGUUUGGCCGCGAGCGCAACACGGGCACGAAGCUGUACAACAUCUCGGGGCACGUGAACGCGCCGUGCACGGUCGAGGAGAGCAUGUCGAUCCCGCUGCGGGAGCUCAUCGACAAGCACGCGGGCGGCGUGCGCGGAGGCUGGGACAACCUGCUCGGUGUCAUCCCCGGCGGCUCGUCGACGCCGCUCAUCCCCAAGCACGUCUGCGACGACGUCAUGAUGGAUUUUGACGCGCUCGUCGAGGCGCAGACGGCGCUCGGAACUGCCGCCGUCAUCGUCAUGGACAAGUCGGCCGACAUCAUUCGCUGCAUCGCGCGCCUCAUGCAGUUCUACAAGCACGAGAGCUGCGGCCAGUGCACGCCGUGCCGCGAGGGCGUCGACUGGCUCGAUAAGAUCAUGUGGCGCUUCGUCGACGGCCGCGCCCAGGUCGGCGAGAUCGACAUGAUCUGGGAACUGAGUAAGCAGAUUGAGGGGCACACGAUCUGCGCGCUGGGCGACGGCGCCGCGUGGCCCGUGCAGGGCCUCGUGCGCCACUACCGGCCCGAGCUUGAGGCAAGGAUCAGGGCGCACGAGGAGACGAAAGCCAAAGCCACGUCGAGCUAAACAAGUUUGCCCUCCCCUGCCGAUCUUAUUCGUUUGCCGAGUUGUUAAAGAACGCAUAUAUGUACCGCUGUAGGUGUGUGGGUAGUUGCUGGUGCAGUCACGAGAUCUGGAUGUGGAAUAUUGGUCGUUGCAUGGUUACACGCUGCCAACGUCAUGCCAGUGUUCAUGGAUUUGCAGAUGCGUUAGUGAAAAGCUCGCAUUGUUAUAAAUGUUAUAAAUGUUCCCUUAUCACUUUAGAUUUGAGGUGAACCUAAUAAUAUACCAUCGCAGCUAGCUUCUAUUAUAAGAAUGAUGUCCAGACAGUAAAAAGUUUUACCGAUUAUGCAUGGUUUAACUUUUCAAUUGGCAGUAAUUUUUCUGGCACGCUCACUAACAUUUCCCAAAUAUUUAUGUAUAGAAUAUUCCCGUGAUUUACCAAGAUAGCUUUGUUGAAAAUUAAACAUUUACAAAGUAA